GCAAGUGAGUCAGCAAGCUUUCCAGACUCUCUCGCCCAAAGUCAAGGACUGCGGCAUGGAGGCAAAGACCGGCGCCAUCAUCAAACUCCGAGCAAAGUGCCUGGAAAGAGGCGCUUCAGGCAUUAAGGAAGUGGCCAGGUUUUUCCAGAUCAUGGACGACGACGAAAGCAAAUCUUUGGACCUGGAAGAAUUUCUGAAAGGGCUUCAGGACGCCGGGGUCUCUCUGGAACGGGGCGAAGCAGAGGAGAUUUUUAACCUCUGCGAUAAGAAUCAGAGCGGCACCCUGGACUUCACAGAGUUCCUGGAGGCCUUGCGGCCCCCCAUGUCAAAAGCCAGAAAGGAGGUUAUCAGGCAGGCGUUCCAGAAACUGGACCGGACGGGUGAUGGGCUGGUGACGGUGGAGGACCUCCGUGGGGUUUACAGCAGCCGGUCCCACCCCAAGUUCAAGAGCGGAGAGUGGACAGAGGAUCAAGUUUUCCGUUCCUUCUUGGACAGCUUUGACUCCCCCAACGACAAGGACGGGAAGGUGACGGCUGAGGAAUUCUUGAACUACUACAGUGGAGUGAGCGCCUCAAUUGACAGCGACGAAUAUUUUGUGGGCAUGGUAAAGGGGGCUUGGAAGCUGUAGCAGGGCUUGGAAGCAGAUGCACCACCUCCCCAGUGGCGUGACAGAAGUGGAGGACAGCCACUCUGGGACUUUUUCUAGAGUAAGGGCAAUGAUGGCAUCUGCAGGUAUGCCAGGUUCUCUUGGCCAUGGCAAGUGAAAGAGGCAAUAGUGAGGUUUUCCAGGUUUGGCUGAAGCAGAUUUAGCAUUAGAGAGGAAUCAGAGAAUGAGGAAACUAAUAACCCAGUAGAGGCUGGAUACAGCUUUCCUUUUCUUUGAU